GCACUCUAAAGAGCGAUCAUCAGAAAGAGAAGACGAAUUAAAGGAUCUUUUCCAUGGGAGAUCGCUGAGAUCCCCACGAACAUAUCACAAAAAAUUGCCUUCAGUCGAAAAUCUUCUUCGAUAUUUAUUUGAGCCCCUGAUCUGGUAAAAGCUCGAUCUUCUUAAGUUGUGCUUAUAACUUUGGGGGAAAUCUAUCUUUGUAGUUCUUUCUGUGGAAGUUUGAAAAUGGUGCUAGUAUUGGCAUUGGGGGAUCUCCAUGUACCUCAUAGAGCGGCUGAUCUACCUCCUAAGUUCAAAGCAAUGCUUGUCCCUGGGAAGAUUCAACACAUCAUCUGCACUGGAAAUCUCUGCAUCAAAGAAAUCCAUGACUACUUGAAGACUAUCUGCCCUGAUUUGCAUAUAGUUCGAGGGGAGUUUGACGAAGAUGCCCGAUACCCUGAGACCAAAACCUUGACUAUCGGGCAAUUCAAGCUUGGACUCUGCCAUGGCCACCAGGUGAUCCCAUGGGGUGAUCUAGACUCACUCGCCAUGCUUCAGAGGCAACUCGGCGUUGACAUACUUGUAACAGGCCAUACCCACCAGUUUACAGCCUACAAACACGAAUUAGGAGUGGUGAUCAACCCGGGAUCUGCAACCGGAGCUUACAGCAGCAUAAACCAAGAUGUCAACCCAAGCUUUGUUCUUAUGGACAUCGAUGGUCUCCGAGCCGUGGUUUACGUCUAUGAGCUAAUCGAUGGAGAGGUUAAAGUCGACAAGAUCGAGUUCAAACCGCCCUACCAACAACUCUGCUCCUUAGUCCAUUUAAUCAAAACCUGAUACCGUUUUAUGUUUUCGUCUGAAGUUUGCAACUUUCUUGUGAAAUAUAAUCUUUUAAUUUAAACUGAAUCAGCUGAGUAACAAAAAAAAUUAUUUUUAUGAAAA